UUUUCUGUUCCGCGAGCGCAGGCAGGCAGCAGGGAGGCAGUCUGGUCUGGUGUAUGCAUGUGCGCGCGCGGCUGCAGUCGGCGGGGAAGAUGCUUGUGCUUGUUGCUCGCCGGACGGAGAGAGGCGACGGCGAAGAUAGAAUGACUUCCCAGCGCAGCUAACAAUCAACUCCAGAGAGAAAUCUAUAAGAAAACCCCAACUUUUUACGCCUUUUACGCAAACCUGGUAUGACACUUUUACGCGCGGCUUUUUCGUUUUUUCUUCUUUUUUUGGUUUGAUUGUUGAGUUGGCUGCGUGCAUAGGCCGGUUUGUCCUAUGCUUGUGACUCAGCAGCAGCAGAAGAAGAAGCGGCUCACCUGGACCGGAGUGCACGUGCCACGCUCCCUCAUGUUUCCUCAACUGCGCGCUGCACAGGGAGACAAUCAGCGCAGCGGCAGCAGCGAGGGUCGGAGAAGCCCGUGCAAGCCUCCUCCUCUUGUGCUCUUGUGCUUCAUCUUCUUGGAUUGAGAGAGAGGGAAGGAGAGAGGGGCCAAUACACAAGCUCCCCUUUCUUUCUAUCUUUCUUUCUUUCUUUCAUUUGGACUUGUUGAUAAAUAUUUUUGAACGAAAGGAAACGCAUAAGAGAAGAAUAAGGGAAUUUAUCAAGAUAGUACAGGAGGGAAGACGAGAAAAAGCACCAUCAUUGGAUUUUGAACGGAGCGGGGCAUGUGGAUAUUGGCUCUUAUCUUUUCCCAGUGCAUCCUGAAUGUUUUCUGUGAAGAUCUUCGUUCCAGCUUAUAUUUUGUCAAUGCAUCUGUGCAAGAGGUAGUGUUCGCCAGCACCACAGGGACGUCGGUGCCCUGUCCCGCUGCAGGAGCGCCCCCUGUCUCUCUGCGCUGGUACCUGGCCACCGGCGAGGAGAUCUACGACGUGCCAGGGAUCCGCCAUGUGCACCCCAAUGGCACCCUCCAGAUCUUCCACAUCCCCCCUUCCAGCUUCAGCAAACUCAUCCACGACAACACCUACUACUGCACAGCGGAGAACCCCUCAGGGAGAAUCAGGAGCCAAGAUGUCCACAUUAAGGCCGUCCUCCGGGAGCCCUACACAGUCCGGGUGGAGGACCAGAAGGCCAUGAGAGGCAAUGUGGCGGUCUUCAAGUGCAUUAUCCCCGCCUCAGUGGAGGCCUACAUCACUGUUGUGUCCUGGGAGAAGGACACUAUGUCAAUCAACGCUGAAAUGUCCCGGUUUCUCAUCACAUCCACAGGCGCCCUGUACAUUCUGGAUGUGCAGAUGGAGGAUGGUCUAUACAACUAUAGGUGUAUGACGCGCCAUCGGUACACAGGGGAGACCAGACAGAGCAAUAGUGCCCGCCUCAUUGUAUCAGACCCCACCAACUCAGCACCCCAUAUCCUGGACAGUUUCGAGCGGCGUGAGAUCAUGGCAUCCCAUCGGGUGGAGCUGCCCUGUAAAGCCUCGGGUCACCCUGCGCCCAAGUACCGCUGGCUCAAGGACAACCGGCCUCUGGAGCCCGACACCCGCUUCAGACAGAGCGUCACGGGGCUGCUGAUAGAGAGAGCCCAGCCCGCAGACACCGGGACCUACGUGUGCGAAGUGUGGAACGGAUACGGGAAUGCCGAGGUGGUGGGACGGCUGCUUGUCAAAGAGCCCCUGAAUGUGCAGGUGAGUCCACAGAAGGUGAGAGGCAGUGUGGGCAGCCAGGUGUCCCUGUCCUGCAGAGUGACCGGCUCCGAGGAGUACCAGUUGUCAUGGUACCGGAACGGAGAGCUCAUCUACCCCAGCAACAGCGUGCACAUGACGGGCCAGUACAGGGAGAACCUGGUGAUGGCGGGCAUGGCCAAGAGCGAUGGAGGGGCUUACCAGUGCUUCGCGAGACACGGCAAAAUGUCUGCUCAAGAUUUUGUUCAAGUCAUCCUGGAAGAUGGAACCCCUAAGAUCCUGGCCUCUUUCAGCGAGAAAGUCUACAACAUCAACGAGUUUGUGUCAUUGUCGUGCACUGUGAAAGGGACUCCGGAGCCCAGAGUGACGUGGACUCUGGACGACGAGCCUGUGGUCAGAGACAGCCGCCAUCGCAUCUCCCACUACACCAACAGUGAAGGCCACGUGGUCAGCCAUCUUAACAUCAGCCAAACACAGGUCCCAGACGGAGGGGUGUACCGCUGUAUCUGCAACAACUCCGCCGGGACGGUCUCCUACCAGGCGCGAAUAAACGUAAGAGGGCCUGCCAGCAUCAGACCAAUGAAAAAUCUCACUGCCAUUGCUGGUCGGGACAUGUACAUCCACUGCCGGGUCAUAGGAUACCCUUACUAUUCUAUAAAGUGGUACAAGGACUCCAAUCUUCUGCCAUAUAACCAUCGCCAACGGGCUUUUGAGAACAACGGCACCCUAAAGCUGUUCGAUGUGCAGAAAGACGUGGAUGAAGGAGAGUAUACGUGUAAUGUGCUGGUCCAGCCUCAACUGUCCACGCACCAGAGCGUCUAUGUAACUGUCAAAGUGCCCCCCACCAUUCAUCCAUUUGAAUUCCCGCGGUUCUCCAUCGGACAGCGCGUCUUCAUCCCUUGUGUGGUCAUGUCCGGAGACCAGCCCGUCUUCAUCACGUGGCAGAAAGACGGCCGCCCGAUCCCAGCCAGCCUUGGCGUCACUAUAGACAACAUCGACUUCACCAGCUCUCUGCGCAUCUCCAACCUCACGCUCAUGCACAACGGAAACUACACCUGCAUCGCACGCAACCAGGCCGCAGCCGUGGAACACCAGAGCCAGCUCAUCGUCCGAGUUCCACCUAAAUUUGUUGUGCAACCGAAAGAUCAAGACGGGAUCUAUGGGAAGUCAGUUAUAUUGAACUGUUCUGCUGAGGGGUAUCCAGUUCCCACCAUCCAAUGGGAAUAUUCCAAAGGUGCUGGCGUCCCUCAGUUCAAGCCCAUCCCUCUGAACCCCGGCUCCCGUAUCGAGGUCCUGAUCAACGGCUCUCUGCUCAUCAAACACGUUCUGGAGGAGGACAGUGGCUUCUACCUGUGCAGGGUUAGCAACGACGUGGGCGCGGACGUCAGCAAGUCCAUGUACCUCAAUGUCAAAAUCCCGGCCAUGAUCACGUCGUACCCCAACACCACGUUAGCCACUCAGGGCGAGGAGAAGAAGAUGAGCUGCACUGCCCACGGAGAGAAGCCCAUCAUGGUCCGCUGGGAGAAGGAGGAACGCAUCAUCAACCCCGAGACCAGCCGCUACGUGGUGUCUGUCAAAGAGGCAGGAGACGAGGUCAUCUCCACUCUGCAGAUCAUGCCCACAGUAAGAGAGGACUCUGGCUUCUUCUCCUGCCACGCCAUCAACUCCUUUGGUGAAGACAGAGGCAUUAUACAGCUCACGGUUCAAGAACCCCCAGAUCCUCCUGAAGUGGAGAUCAGAGAAGUAAAGGACAGAACCAUCGCACUCCGUUGGACUAUGGGUUUUGACGGCAACAGCCCCAUCACGGGAUUUGAUAUCGAGAGCAAGAACAAAUCAGCCUCCUGGGAUACGGCUCAGAAGACCAAAGAUGUGUCGCCUCAGCUCAACCAGGCAACCAUCAUUGACCUCCACCCCUCCUCCACCUACAACAUCCGCAUGUUUGCCAAAAACCUGAUCGGGAAGAGUGAGGCUAGCAACGAGCUGACCAUUACCACUGACGAAGCAGCCCCUGAUGGUCCGCCGCAAGAAGUUCAGCUGGAAGCGCAGUCGUCUCAGAGCAUCAGAGUCACUUGGAGGCCUCCCAAGAAGCACUUGCAGAAUGGUGCUAUCAAAGGCUACCAGGUGGGCUACAGGGAGUACAGCUCUGGGGGAAACUACCAGUUCAGUGUGAUCAGUGUGGAGACCACCGGGGACAACGCGGAGAGCCUGGUUCUGGAUAAUCUGAAGAAGUUCACACAGUACGGAGUGGUGGUACAGGCCAGCAACAGCGCGGGCACUGGGCCUUCAUCUACUGAGGUGGCAGCAACCACACUGGAGGAUGUUCCGAGCCGUCCUCCGGAAAAUGUCCAAGCCAUAGCCACCACCCCGGAGGUCAUCUCUCUGUCCUGGCUGACCCCUCCCAAAGACGCUCUCAACGGGAACCUGCUCGGCUUCAGGGUCAUCUACUGGGCCAACCUGCCUGAUGGAGAGCUGGGAGAGAUCAGGAAUGUGACCACCUCUAAACCGUCUUUGGAGUUGGAUGGAUUGGAGAAAUACACCAACUACAGCAUCCAGGUGUUAGCCUUCACCCGAGCAGGAGACGGCGUGCGCAGUGAACAGAUUUACACCCGCACAAAAGAGGACGUCCCUGGCCCUCCGGCUGGUGUGAAGGCAGCUGCUGCAUCCAAUUCAGUGGUCUUUGUGUCCUGGCUUCCACCACUCAAAGUCAACGGCAUCAUCAGGAAAUACACUGUGUUCUGCUCCAAUCCACACCCCACGGUGAGCAGUGAGUUUGAAGCCGCUCCAGAUGUGUUCUUCUACAGAAUUCCCAACCUGAGCAGAAACCGUCAGUACAGCAUCUGGGUGGUGGCAGUGACAGCGGCCGGACGAGGGAACGCCAGCGAGAUCAUUACCGUCAAACCAAUGGCGGAGGCCCCGUCCCGGAUCCUGACGUUCAACAGGACGGUCACUACUCCUUGGAUGAGGGACAUUGUGCUGCCCUGUAAAGCUGUGGGAGAUCCAUCACCAACCAUCAAGUGGCUCAAGGAGAUCAAUGCAACUCCAGCUCCUGUGGCCGUCGACAGUCGGCGCAGUGUCCACGGCAAUGGCAGCCUGGUUAUCCGCACCAUCAAAGCAGAGGAUUCUGGGAACUACACCUGUACUGCGAGUAACAGCUUUGGAUCUGACAAGAUUGUCCUCAACUUGCAAGUUCAGGUUCCUCCGGACCAGCCUCGUCUCACUGUUACCAAGACAACCACUACAUCCAUAACCCUAUCCUGGAUCCCCGGAGACAAUGGGGGCAGCUCCAUCAGAGGCUACAUUCUGCAGUAUUCCGAGGAUAACAGCGAGCAGUGGGGAAACUAUGCCAUCAGUCCCAGCGAGCGCUCCUAUCGACUGGAAAACCUCAAAUGUGGCACGUGGUACAAGUUCACCCUCACGGCCCAGAAUGCAGUGGGGCCUGGGCGCAUCAGUGAGAUCAUAGAGGCUAAGACCCAUGGAAAAGAACCUCAAUACUCUAAGGAACAGGAGUUAUUCACCAGCAUCAAUGCCACUCGUGUCAAACUCAACCUAAACGGCUGGAACAACGGAGGCUGUCCCAUCACCUCCUUCACCCUGGAGUACCGCCCUGUGGACUCCCCCACGUGGACCACCGCCCAGCGCACCUCCCUCACCAAGAGCUAUAUCCUCUACGACCUGCAGGAGGCAACAUGGUACGAGCUGCAGAUGAAAGUGUACAACAGUGCCGGCUACGCGGAGAAGAGGGUCAAGUUUGCCACGCUCAGUUACGACGGAAGUACAAUUGCCCCUUUGGUGAAAGCCCCCAACGUCAGUGAGGACCACUCUGGAGGCGGCGAGGGGAUGAAGAUGAUGGUGACUAUCUCCUGUGUGUUGGUUGGCAUCGUGGUGAUCUUCAUCGGACUGUUAGUGCUGAGGAGGAGGAGGAGGGAGCAGAGGCUGAAGAGGCUCAGAGAUGCAAAGAGCUUGGCCGAGAUGCUCAUGAGUAAAAACACACGUCCAGCAGAGCCAGUGAACAAGCAGCAGCAGACGCUCCGAAUGCACAUCGACAUCCCCAGAGCACAGCUUCUGAUCGAGGAGAGGGACACCAUGGAGACUGUUGACGACAGAUCCACUGUGUUACUGACUGACAAUGAUUUUGGAGAGACACAGAAGCAGAAGUCGUCCACAGUCACUCACACAGUGCACUACCAGUCUCUGUCCCAGGCCACAGGUCCUCUGGUCGACGUGUCCGACGCCAGGCCCGGAACCAGUAAGUCCAACCCCACUGCCCGCCGCACCGCUAAAGCUGGUCCUGCAGCUCGAAACCGCUAUGCUAGCCAAUGGACCCUGAACAGGCCCCACCCCCCUGUGUCCUCCCACACCCUCAGCACCGACUGGAGACUGCCCACGCCCAGAGUCGCAGGAUCUGUGGACAAAGAGAGUGACAGCUACAGCGUCAGCCCCUCUCAGGACACAGACCGCGCAAGGAGCAGCAUGGUGUCCACAGAGAGUGCGUCGUCCACAUACGAGGAGCUGGCGAGGGCCUAUGAACACGCCAAGAUGGAGGAGCAGCUGCGGCACGCCAAGUUCACCAUCACCGAGUGCUUCAUCUCAGACACGUCGUCGGAGCAGAUGACCGCGGGCACAAACGACUACACAGAUAGCCUCACGUCCAGCACGCCGUCCGAGUCUGGGAUCUGCCGCUUCACCGCGUCACCACCCAAGCCUCAGGACGUGAGCCGCGUCAUGAACAUGGCCGUGCCCAAAGCCCACAGACCGGGAGGCGAGCUGGUUCACCUUCCUCCCUACCUGCGCAUGGACUUCCUGUUAAACCGCGGCAUGUCGUGCUCAGGCACCAGAGCGACCUCGAGUACAGAGCGGGCAGCCAUGGGCCAGGCCUGUCUGGAGCCUCAGAAGAGCCGCUCUCUGAAGCGGCCGUCCCGCAUGGCGCCCCCCACACCCACAGAAGCCCCCCAGGCCAGCAGGGACGCUGCUGCCCAGUGGCAGCCCGGCUCUGCGGCCACACUGCCCCACAGAGAGGGCUCGGAGCUGGCACAGGCCGCUAAGCUCAGCACGUCCCAGGAGUCUCUGCUGGACUCAAGAGGACAUCUCAAACAGAGCAGCAACCCCUACGCAAAGUCCUACACGCUGGUAUAACAGCAGGGGGCAGCAGGGGGCAACGUCCUACACGCUGGUAUAACAGCAGGGGGCAGAGUCCUACACGCUGGUAUAACAGUGGACUCACUGGACUAACACUCAAGUGCAGUAAACUGACUCACCACAGUUCUGUAUAUACGGCGCCCCCUGCAGGGCGGCCUCACUUUUACUAAUCUCCUUUUAUUUAUUUUAGAGCCUUUGUUUCUCUCAGUUUGUUUAUACUGUUUUGUUUGAUUCACUCAUUGGAGAUGACUCCAGACGGAGCUUUGCCAAACUAAUUGAGUAACUGAGGAGCAUUAUUUAUUCUUGUUCAUUCUUUAUAUUAAUCAGUGAUUCUUCUUGUUAGUUGUCAACUUACUGAUCAUUAUUCUUGAUAACCAAAUGCUCACCACUGCUACAAGGUUUUCAUAUGAACCCGGACAUGUUUUUGUUCUUCCGGAGUAGAAGAUGACCAUUUGGAGUCAUGUUUUUCCUAUGGAAUAUUCAGAAAAAACUGAAUAAACUUGGGAGAAAUCUUGGAACAAAAGCAAUUGACACCAGUCCAAACUUUUCAGCUGCUCUCAACUUGUUACUUUUUUGAAGAAAAAAAAUCUAUUUCCUAUGGAUGCAUGGGGACUGACCAACUAAAAAGACACUGAGGAUGACGACCGCGGCUGGGCAGACCAGUCGAGCAUUUUGUCACACUAUGAAAUGAUCCAAUGUGAAGAUUUAUUAUUCUUAUUACUAUAAAUAUAUAUAUAAAAAGAGAAAUCACUUUUAUUUGUGGAUAUUACAGGGAGAAAUUGAUUUGGUUAAUAAAGUCCUUAGUCAUGUUUGCACAUAUCUUGUUUUAAUUAGGAAAUGGAGUCUCUGUUGAUAUUUCUCUGUGUCCCAUUCUCUGAUGGUGCAAUAUGAAAAAAGCUAUGAAAAGUCUAUGAAACUAUACUGUACUGUAAUGAAGUAUGUUGUGAGUAUCCUACAGGGCGGGACACUGCUAUGUAUUCAGGGGUAUUUACUGCUGCAGUGUGCCAGCGGUAAAUGUUGUUAGCUAGAACAGGGAGGUUUUAGACAGUAACGGUUUGCACUUCACAACAUCCCCACUACAGUGUGUCCAGAUCAGUCCCCUUCUCUCAGUGCACUAGGCAGAGCCUUCGGGCUCUCACUCUCCUCAGUAGAUUUACUGUUGCUGCAUUGCAGUAAUACUCCUCUACAGGGAAAAAUGUGAGACAAUCCAACAGAUUCCCCCUUCAAACCAAACCUAAUGUCUAUGGGAAAUAUCUAAAAAUGUGGAUAUGCGUAAAGAGAUGUUUUGUUCUGUCUACCCCCGCCAGCUUCUGUUCUUUCUGUUGGGUCCACCGAAAGGAGUUUGAUCCAAAAUGCUGUGAGGUCAUUCUGUCCAUUUAUUUGGUUAGAUCUUUGAUUAACUGUCUUCAUUAUGAUACAUUUUAACAAAAGAAUAAUGUCACAUUUUAUUUUUAACAUUAGUGUUCACUAAGGUGGCACUGGAAUAAAGAGAAACUAACACAAAGUUCAAAAUUUGAUAAAUAAAAUGGCU